UCAUGGGGCCCCCCUGGGCAAUAGGGGAUCAUGGGGCCCCUGUGUCCUUGCCCAAACUCAAAAAAGCCUAUGAAAAAGGUACCAGGGGCAUCUCAUGGGGCCCCCUACUGACCCCAGGCCCUCGGGCAGUGCCCGAGUUUCCAAAUGGUCAGUCCGCCCCUGGUGCCCAGUAUAGAAGGACGAUCGGUUGUUCCAGAAUCACUCUGGGCACCUUCUAUAUCCUCAGCUCAGCCAAGUAAUACAAUGAUUGGUUGAUUCAGGGACUUGCUAACAAAGUAGCAGCAUGGUGAUCCUUCAACUGAUACAUAACA